AUGAAUUCAACUGAAUGGAUAUCCAACAGCACGACGGCUGUUCUGCUGUCGCCUGUUCUCAUCCCGCUAGAUGACAACGUUCACGAGAAACAGCUUCUCGACACGACCGGGGCGACGAUGGUUGAUAUCUCCGAUAAACCGUGCGGCGAGGCGCUUUCUUCCCAGACCCCGGCGGCCGUCAAACUCCCGGGCUCGCUGGACGCCCUGUUGUACAUCGUCAUCGUUCUCAUGUUCUACGCCUUCAGUAUCGUCGUUCUCAUGGUCAAGUACAUCCGCCGCGAGAGGGAAGAAGCCAACCUAAGGAACUACUACAACGAGUUCGUUUCCCGAGAUAAAUUCCGAUCAGCGCAGUAUAAAAACCGACAGUUCAUGAGACGGAUUUUCGGAAGAAGAAAUUCCGGAGACGAUCCGGGUUUGUCCGCUAUUGAAGAAGAAACCGGAGGAGUCGCUACAACGACGACUUCAGAUGUUAGAUAUAAACCUAAAAAUCACUCGCAGACGAUAACAAGAAACGGAAAUACUUUCAGUCGUUUGGUUGUGGAAGGGGAAGAGGAUAGAAAAACGAAAGAGAGUUUUACGUUUUUAAGCGCGAAGAAUCAGUUUUGUAAACGGGGUUUUUUUGGUAAGAAGUUCUGUAAUAAACAGCUGUGUUCGAAAUGUGUUUCUGAAGGAGCGCCGACCAUAGACUGGGGGGACGGGAGACACGACCAGACGUGCACCGACCACGGGGUGGCGAGCGAGACGGUGGAAAUCCGCCUGUUCAACAACCCCAACUCGCAUACAACAACGAACACGUAUCAAAGAAGUAGCCGGGACAUCGACAUCGAAAACAACUACCUGUUCGAGAGAGCCAACAGUAUCUUUUUCCCCAUCAUGGAAUGCGAUUCGGAAAAGGACUCGGACGAAAUCGCAAAGUCCCAGGCCGUUUUCGUAGAAGGGAGGAUCAAUGAUAACGUCCUGUAUAGAGGCCCUCUUGCAUCGCAGCCGGAAGAGCAGGCCAUUGUGUCUUCAUGCUCCUUGGAGGUAUCCGAACUCCUGGCGAAUAUGCCUCCUUUAGGCGCGAUGAGUAACAGCAACGACAUGGAUACAUUGGAUGGGUUAUCAAACCUAGACAGCGAGGCCGAGAGUCAGUCUUUGUUGAAUUAUUCCACCAGCAUCAGAGGAACUAAUAAUAUUUUUUCCAGCCAGAAUGAAGACGACAACCCGCGAGCUAAAAAUCACAGCGCGAGCGAGAAACACGAACAAAGCUGCGAGGGCGAGCGAGGGCACAAAGAUCUGAGUGAUUUCCUCUCGGAGAGAACCUCCCUGCUCUCCUGCACGCUGUCUAUCGCUAACGAGGCGGAAGACGACGACGCCAUAACAAAUCUCAGCUCAUCCAAACACGGCCACAACGGGCUGUCCCACUCGCAUUCCAACAGCAACGGCAAAGUCAUCGAAGACUUCAAAACGAACGGGAAACUCAAAGAGGAAUACAAAACAAACGGAAAACUCAAAGAAGAAUUCAAAAGUAACGGCAAAUCAAUUCUGAAUUCCAUCUCUAAAACCGUCAGCAGUGACGAAGAAGAGAUGAUGAAGCUCCUAAGCAAUAUAACCAUGUUGACAGAAGAGUCGGGUGUUUUCAAAAACCUGAAAUAUUUUCUCCGAAGUUUCUCGAAACACGAGGAGACAGACCAGGCUCACGAGAAAUCCAACCUGUUACCUAAAGAAACUUACUUCGGUCCUGGGAGUCCCAAAAGUAUUUUCAGCGCGCCGCAGGCGUCCGCGCUAAACGCGCAGUGUGAUUCGGAGAACAGAAACACAGAUUACGGAGAAAUGGAUUCCAUAGAUGAUGAUUUAUUGAACAUGGAGGAUUGUCAAAACUACGGUAAUCGAUGGGGUUAUACGUACGAUGAAGAGGAUGAGGUAUACUCCGAAGGAGGGAAAUCUUCGAGCUUCGGGGAGUAUUGUAUGGGGGAGACGAGUGACUCGCAGGUGAUUGAUUUAAGCAAACCACUAGUCCGGAGACAGUUCGAUUCAGAGACGAAAAACGGAUUAAGCCGGGCUUUUAUUGGAUUAGAAGACCCUUGGCUUGAAGACAUACCUCCGAUAAAUAAGCCUAAUCCAAUGGUGGCAGGGUACGGGAAUGCGAGGAAAGAGACCAAAGUAUGAUUCGAAAGAACGCACGCCCGUUCAAUAAAAACUGGGUUCAUCCAUUUUGAUCU